CUGGUUUUACUGAAAAAUUGAGUGGGCUCAGUUUCUGCAGCGCUUUCUGCCACUGCAAGAUGAACACCAUUCUGCCUUGCCAAGACCAGUACUUUGUAGGAGGCCAGAGCUAUAAUUGCCCGUAUUCCACUACAACGUCAGAAUCUAGUGUUGACGUUUCCACGGAGACUUGGGUCUCUUUCUGGGCUGCUGGUCUCCUGGACAACAGAGAGCUCCAACAAGCACCACAGGCACAGGAAUCAUUCAGUGACUCAAAUUUUCCUCUUCCGGACUUGUGCUCAUGGGAAGAGGCUCAGCUUUCCUCUCAGCUGUACAGAAAUAAGCAGCUGCAAGAUACCCUGGUGCAGAAGGAAGAAGAACUCGCCAGGUUACACGAAGAGAAUAAUCACCUCAGACAAUACCUGAAUUCUGCUUUGGUUAAAUGUCUUGAAGAAAAGGCCAAGAAAUUGCUCUCAUCUGAUGAGUUCUCCAAAGCAUAUGGAAAAUUCAGGAAGGGGAAGAGAAAAUCCAAAGAGCAAAGAUACUCUCCUGCUGAGAUUCCCCAUCCCAAAAAUGCCAAAAGAAACCUCUCUAGUGAAUUUGCUAACUGUGAAGAACAAGCUGGGCCCCCUGUGGAUCCCUGGGUCCUUCAAACACUUGGGUUAAAAGACCUUGACACUAUCGAUGACACCUCAUCAGCUAACUACAGUGCCCUCGCAUCUCAUCCCAGAAGAGUCGCCAGCACAUUUUCCCAGUUUCCGGAUGAUGCAGUUGAUUAUAAAAAUAUCCCCGGAGAGGAUAUGCCAAUUGACUAUAGAGGUGACAGAACAACCCCCUUGUACAGCACUGCCACUCAUGGAGAAGAUUUCCACAUCCUUUCUCAACUUUCAAAUCCCCCAGUGGGGCUGAAAACUCUUCCUUACUAUACUGCUAAUGUGUCACCCAACAAGACAGAGAUGGCAUUUUCCACAUCCCUGAGCCCUCAUUGUAAUGUGAAAACUCAUUCCUUCCACCAGGGACAAGCCUUUGUGCGUCGAGAUGAGGAGGGAGGCUGGAAGUUUACCUGGGUCCCUAAGCAGUCUUAGUGACCCCUCUUUUAUCACAAAGCACUGCCAUGAACUCUGUUUACAAAGACCUCUCUUGCACUUGAAUUUGACUAUGUGGAACACAGAAGCUGUUGCUU